UGAUUAAUUGAAGGAUUGACUUGAUUAAAAUCUCACCUUAUCUUCAACUAAGCUAGAUCCUGCGUCCACCAUGUCCGAUUCCAUUCCCUCCGCUCAUGCAGACGCUGAGGCCCCCGAGCAGCAGCACCCCCCUGCCAACGCCGAGGACCGCAAGGCCGCCGCGGCUCUCUCCGCCCUCAACACCAGCCAGAUCGCCUCCGACGCCACACCCAAGGCACCGUCCGCGGCUGACCAAGAGGCCCUCGGAAAGGCAAUGAGUCGGUUGGAGAUUGCGGCGGGACACGGCUUGAGCAAAAAGCCGGUGGCUGAGGCGCAGAGGAAGGAGGCCGAGGUGGUCAAGAAGAAGGCCGUCAAGGUGGCUGCCGAGGAUGUCAACCUCUUGGUGAAUGAGCUGGAUUUGACCAAAAUCAAGGCGACGGAGCUUUUGAAGUUGCAUGACGGCAAUGUUGUCCAGGCCAUCAGGGCCUUUGUUACCCCGGCUUUGGGGGCGUGAUACCCUCCACAUUGUAGAUGAAAAUGGUUGAGCUGGUCUCGAAAAUUUGCAAGACAUAUCCGUUUACACGUCAUAAUGAAUUCAGAAAUUUGAUGAACCAGGC